CUGGCGACCUCACCCGCCGUCGUCUUCUUCACAACAAGCCAGUUUCUCUUUGCCGACAUUCCUCCCCCUUACAGAGCGGCCCGCGCUCCCAUCCAUACACCCAUCCACCCAUCCAAGUAACCCUAGCCGAAAUCGGGCAACGGCUGGCCCAACCCGCCUUUUCGCAUCUUGAGUCUAGCGGCGCACCCAGUGUUGCCCGCCGCCAACCUCUCUGCAGCCCAAUCACGGAUUUUCCGGCGCAUACGACCUUGCCGCCAUGGUUAAGCUGAGGGAGAUACCGCGGACUGCGGCCUUUGCCUGGUCUCAGGGAACCGCCAGGCCCUUGCUGGUCACAGGAACCCGCGCCGGCGCCGUCGACGCCGACUUCUCGGAUGAGACCAAGCUUGAGCUCUGGGAUUUGAAGCUGGAAGACGAGCAGCAGGGCCUGGAGCUCCAGCCCAUUGCUAGCAUUAGCGCGGACUCGAGGUUCUUUGACAUCGCAUGGGGUCCGCCGAACGAGGACUACCCAUACGGCAUCAUUGCUGGUGCGCUCGAGAACGGCUCGCUGGACCUAUGGGACGCCGAGGGGCUGAUCGACGGCGACGACGAUGCCCACAUCUCACGCACCACCAAGCACACGGGCGCCAUCAAGUCGCUGCAGUUCAACCCUCUGAGACCCCAAAUAUUGGCCACCGCUGGCGCCAAGGGGGAGCUGUUUAUAUACGAUGUCAACGACAUAUCCAACCCGUUUCGCCUUGGGACCGCCGCCGCCCAGGAUCUCGAGUGUGUCGCCUGGAACAGGAAGGUUCCGCAUAUUUUAGCCACUGGCGGCUCGGGCGGCUUUGUCACGGUCUGGGAUCUGAAGACGAAGAAGGCGUCACUGACGCUGAACAACAGCCGCAAGGCCGUUAGCGCCAUUGCUUGGGACCCCAACAACUCGACCAAGCUUCUGACGGCCACUCCCGACGACACCAUGCCCGUCAUCUUCCUCUGGGAUCUGCGCAACUCCAAUGCGCCCGAGCGUACUCUUCAGGGGCACGAGCAGGGCGUGCUGUCCGUGUCCUGGUGCCAGCAGGACAGCGAUAUCCUUAUUUCUUGUGGCAAGGACAACAGGACCAUCGUCUGGAACCCACAGACCGGUGAACGAUACGGCGAGUUCCCCGAAGUCACCAACUGGACCUUCCUCACCCGUUUCAACCCCAGCAACCCCAACCUUUCGGCCACCGCCUCGUUCGACGGCAAGAUCGCAAUCCAGACCCUCCAGAACACCAACCCCACGGCGACCCAGGCGGCUGCCCAGAACAACCUGGACGGCGAGGAUUUCUUCACCAAGGCUCAGACGCAGCCUCAGGGGGCCUCUUUUACUCUGACCAAGGCCCCCACCUGGUACCAGCGCCCAAUCGGCGCCUCGUUCGGAUUCGGCGGCAAGGUUGUGGUUUACAAGGCGAAGCAGACUGCUCCCGGCCAACCCAGGUCGUCGGAGGUCACCAUAUCGCACUUUGCCGUGGACUCUGAGGUCGGCACCGCUACCGAGAAGUUCGAGGAGGCACUGAAAGCGGGUGAUCUCAAGGCCAUCUGCGAGUCACACCGCGAGGAGGCCAAGACGGAGCAGGAGACGGCAGAUUGGAAGCUUAUGGAGACGCUGGUUGCUGAGAACCCGCGUAAGCAGGUUAUCGAGUACCUGGGAUUGUCUGUCGAAGAGGAGGAGGAGGACGCGGCUCCAGAGAGCCAGGGUGAAGACGCAGUCGAGGACGCGGACGAGACGGCCGCCCCGGCUCCCAAGGAGUCAUUCAAGAGGCACAAGAAGAACCGCCUGUCCACCUUUUUUGCCGACGGAGCCGAGGGAGACGACUUCUUGGCCGGUCUGGCUGCCACCAAGGGCGCCAAGACGGAGAGUCCUUUCCAUCUACUGCGCGAGGGUAACACGUCCCUUGAGGACUCGGUCACCAAGGCAAUCAUGCUUGGAAACUUCACCAAAGCUGUUGAAAUCUGCAUCAAGGCAGACCGCAUUGCGGAUGCGUUCCUGAUUGCCAACUGCGGCGGGAAAGAGCUCGUGGAUCAGGUACAGACGGCCUAUAUCGGCCAGAAGAAGGGCACGCCCAGCUACCUGCGCCUGCUCGGAUCGGUCAUCAACCAGAACCUGUGGGACGUCGUAUACAACGCAGAUCUUGCCGACUGGAAGGAGACGAUGGCGACGCUGUGCACAUUCGCCAAGCCCGAGGAGUUUCCUGACCUGUGCGAGGCGCUGGGUGACCGCAUCUUCGAGUCGGGGUCCCACCAGGACGCGUCUUUCUGCUACCUGGUCGGCUCGAAGCUCGAGAAGGUCGUUGACAUCUGGAUUGCCGCACUGGAGGAGAGUGAGCAGGCUGAAGUCAAGGAGGAGUCGGGCGACAACACCUUUUCAGUCCACGCCCGGGCCCUGCAGCAGCUAAUCGAGAAGGUCACGGUGUUCCGCCAGGUCACUAAGUUUGAGGACUCGGAGACGAGCAAGACGUCGGACUGGAAGCUGGCGGCUCUGUACGACAAGUACACCGAGUACGCAGACAUCGUGGCAGCUCAUGGCCAGCUGGCUGUGGCACAGAGAUAUCUCUCCCUUGUGCCCGCAGCGUACCCUGCGGCCGAGGUUGCGAGGACCAGGCUGCAACUUGCCACGGGCCAAUCUCAGGCCAAGCCCGCUGCCGCCAGGGCGCAGGCCCCGGCAGCCCGCGCCUCGUCGAGGCAGGCCCCUGUUGGAUACCAGCCUCCCCAGCCGGCUGCGCCGCAGAACCCUUACGGCGCCCCAGGGCCAGCUCCAUCGCAAACCCCGUACGGCACCCCCACACCGGCGGCACCGGCAGCCAACCUCUAUGCUCCUUCGGCAUCCCCGUACGCGCCUUCUGGAGCCUCCCCCUACCAGCCAAACUCGGCGUACGCACCGCCCCAGCAAAAUUCGGCAUACGCACCACAGCAGACUUCAGCCUACGCGCCAGCCCAGCAGACAGGUGGGGGAUACGCACCGCCAGCGGUGGGCUACGGGCAGCCGCAGCCUGCCUACGGGGCGCCUCCUCCGCGGAACGCGACGCCAUCGGCGGGCGCGCCGCCCAGGAUUGUCAAGGACGUGGGUACAUGGAACGACGUCCCCAUGGUCACCAAGGCUCCCCCGCCUCGUCGGUCGACGCCGAGCGUCGCGCCUGUCACGGCUCCCUUUGGCGGCCAGCAGCAGGGCCAGGUUCUGCCGCCGCCGCCGCAGAGCCCUUACCUCGACCAAAGGGGUGCCGCCACGCCUCCACCUCCGCCACCCAAGGCGGGCGCCGCCCCUCCCCGCGUCACCUCGCCUCUUGUCAGCUCGCCGCCAUCUGCCCACGCGCUCAACAGGCCACCUUCGACGGCCACGUCGUCCUAUGCGCCGCCUCCGGCUGGCCCUGGCAUGGCGAUGCAUGCGCACCCUCCCCGCACCGCAUCUCCGUAUAGCGCUGCCGCCUCGACGGCGCCGCCGUCGAACAGGUAUGCGCCGGCCCCGGCAGCUCAGCAGCCACAAUACGGAGCGCCGGCAGGCAACUCAGCGCUUCCCCCUCCAGCCAUGAACAGACCUCCUCCUGCCAACCCGUAUGCUCCCGCGCCGCAGCAGCCCUCAGCGGCUCCUCCUGGCCACCAGGCGGGGUAUGCACCAUCGCCGUACAACGCGGGGAUGCCUCAGGGUGGUCCUCCGCCCGUGGGGCCGCCCCCGGGCGCCAACGCUGGACCCCCGCCGGGUGCUGCGAGCACACCUACGCCACCUCCCCCGCGUGCUGGGGCACCUCCAAAAGCGAAGCACCCCGCAGGGGACAGGUCACAUAUCCCUGCCGCUGCGCAGCCGCUGGUGGACAUCUUCAGCCGUGACAUGCAGCGCGUGGCCGCCAAGGCGCCCGCAUCUUUUGCGCCGCAGGUCAAGGAUACGCAGAAGCGUCUCAACAUCCUGUUUGACCAUCUGAACAACGAAGAGCUCAUCAGGCCGGAGACCAUUGGUCAGCUGGCCCAGAUCGCUGCAGCCAUUGAGUCCAAGGACUACGACGGCGCGCACCGUCUUCAGGUCCAGAUCCAGACGGAGAAGACUGACGAGUGCGGACAAUGGAUGGUCGGCAUCAAGCGUCUCAUUAGCAUGAGCAAGGCUACUCCCUAAACCCCCUGUCAUAAACACUCAUAAUGCCUCGUGUUGAUGGACGGGUUUCGAAUCACCCAGACUCAUCGGCGAGCCAGCGAGUGGCGGGUAUUUUGGGACUGUACUUGGAAGCGGCACAGGCCAGGUGGGAUUCAAAAGCAGGCGGCAGGUUUUUGUCGGACUGGUGGUUCUUUUAGGGGAGCGGUUCUUAUAGAGCGGGCAGAAUCGAAAAGGCGAGAGAGGAGUACAUGUGAUUACGUCAAGACGUAGAGCUUGUAGCAGAGUUAAACCAUUUUGGUUUGCUUGAAAGAUGGCAUUUUCUUGCUAGCCAUUAGUGUUUUCUUGUCUAUGGCAUCCCUUUUCUUGUUUUUCUAAGGAAGCGCUCACUGCGACUUUAAAUACACAAGGCGACACAGGGCAACGCCUAGAGACCAAUCCAUCUAUGCAACCUCACUAAUUUCCUCGA